AACACUCAACUCACUUGGCAGUCACCGAACCAAUGGAUUUUGCAAAGGAAAAUAAAUUCCAAUAGUGAAGCAUUUCUGAAUUUUAUUCUUCGUUAGAAUAUUUAAAUAUUCAUUUUUCAAUCAUUUAUUUAUCAUUGGUGAUUAAUUGUAACAGUAUUUAAGUGAGCAAUGUUGGUGUAAAAGGCCAAGACAUAUUUUACGCAGUGCUGUGAAAAUUUUUCUAUUAGAAGCACACGACGAAAAAAGGAGUACAAGGCAAAAGUAAAAGGCAGCAGGCUGGUUAAUGUGCAAAUUGAAUCAUAAAUUGCAAAACCCAGCAAAAUCAAUUAAACGCAAUGGAAGAGAAACGGAUUGCUGACUAUUUUGUAGUCGCUGGCAUGCCAGAACAACCGCAAUUGCUACAGGAGAAUAUAUUUAGCGAAUCUGGGCAUUUACGUGCUGCCAAUACCAUUGAGCCUAUAACAGAUAUUGGUGUAUAUUUUCCGUUACUCGAUGAAGAAGUGCCCGACGGUUAUGAGGUGUUGGAAACAACACCCACUGGACUGCCUGCGAAUCUCAAUCAUGGCUCUAUGCGUUCAACUGAGUGUUAUAUUUAUUAUAAACGUGGCAAAGAUCGACCGCCUCUGGUGGAUAUAGGUGUGCUGUAUGAUGGACAUGAACGCAUAAUGUCUGACGCAGAAAUCGUCGCCGAAACACCGGGUGGACGCAUAGCCAAUGUGAAUAAUUCUUCCUCGAAAAUUUAUCUCACCUAUCGCCGCGCACGACCCGAUAUGCCAUGCAACGAGCUUGUCGUCACAGAUUUAUGUGUCAUCGUGCAAAGUAAAGGUGAACGGCCACCGCAUGCAUUCUGUCUCAUUUAUAAAACACUCAAUAGAGGUUAUAUGGGCAGUGAUGUGUAUUUAUGCUACAAAAAAUCGAUGUACCGUCCGAAAUUAAUCAGUUAUCAGCCAGAAAUUUUACUACGUUAUCCAACUGUCGAUCAUAACGACUUUCCAUUAAAUCUCUGCCCAAGUGUGCCGUUAUUUUGUCUACCAAUGGGCGCAUCGCUAGAGGCUUGGCCGCAUGUGAAAGAGGGCGAGAAGCGUAAACCCACAAGUCCUGUGUUUAGUACCUUUGUGCUGACAGUUAAUGACGGCACAUACAAGGUGUAUGGUUCUGCAUUGACAUUCUAUGAGGAUUUUGAUGAGUCCGCAUUAAAUGAGAAACAGCGUGAAUUAUUGGGCUGGGAUGAAGUGUUCGCGAAGCAGCAUUCAUUACAUAUAAUCAAAUCUAUUUGCCUUUUAUCACACUAUCCUUUUGGUGACACUUUUGACAGAUGGCUGCGCUACUUACAUCGCUUGGCCGUGCACGGUGUAGAUUUACCAGUAUCAAUUGAGCGUUACGUAACGCAAUUAUUGGAUGAAGUGCAGUUUCCAGCGCCUAGCAUACAUUUGCAACUUUCCAGCGAGCCGAAAGAUCGCAUAUUGCUCACGCAACCAGAAGACUCGCCCUUGCCACGCAGCGGUGCUGGGUUCCACAUGUUGCUGCAGAAUUUGGGUACUGAUAAUUGUCUGCAUGUAAUGCUCUUGGCGUUGACGGAGCAAAAAAUAUUAAUACACUCCUUACGACCCGCCACAUUAACUGCAGUUGGUGAGGCCAUUGUUUCGCUGCUAUUCCCCUUCAAAUGGCAAUGUCCGUACAUACCAUUGUGUCCACUUGGCUUGGCUGAGGUCUUACAUGCGCCAUUACCUUAUUUAAUAGGUGUCGAUUCACGUUUUUUCGAUUUGUAUGAACCGCCACAAGAUGUGACUUGUAUCGACUUGGAUACAAAUACGAUCAGCUUGUGUGAAUCACAAAAGCAUUUGACGAUAAAAUUAUUGCCUAAACGUGCUGCGCGUAUUUUGCGACAAACACUCAACGAAUUGGAAGUUCUAAAAGCCACACACAUCGAAUCAACAAAUAGCCUUGAUAGGGAUCUAAGAAAACGAAAGCGUGAGCAAGAUCUCGAACAACGAAUACAGGAGGCCUUUCUACUCUUUAUGGCAUCGAUUUUGCGCGGCUAUCGUGACUACUUAACGCCCAUAUCGAAGGCGCCCUCCGUCGGCGCCACAGAUCCAAGUGCCUUAUUCCAGUUGAAGGCGUUCUUGCGAUCGCGCGAUAAGGCGCAUCAGAAAUUCUUCGAACUACUCAUGAAAACACAAAUGUUUAUACGUUUCAUUGAGGAACGUUCCUUCGUCUCCGAUGGCGAUCAUGGCCUCACAUUUUUCGACGAAUGCGCGGAAAAAGUGGGCGCCUACGAUGACACACCAUCCGACUUGCGCUUGGUUGACUGGGAGUCGGGGCAGAAUAGCGAGCGUACGAAGUACAUAUUCCCACCCGAUAGCGUGGGGCCCAAGCAAGAUACUUCCGGCGCUGUUUACAAUUAUGCCAACUUCACACUGAAUCCCAGCCUCUUGAAAUCAUCGAAGAAGACUGCGUUGAACCACUUUCUACAACAGCAGCUGAAUGGUUCGCUGGCGCCCGGUUCACCAAUAGCGCGCCGCACAAAGCACGAGAUCAAAUUGUCGCAAAAAAUGGCGCGCCGCUGUCAGAUGCAUCCGGAGGCGUGGUCCAAAUAUUUGCUAGCCACCUGCUACUCGAUUUACUUCCUCAUACUGCCGUCCAUGGUGAAUGAGACGCGACAGGCGAACAAGGAGCACGAUACACUGCGCGCCGCCUACGAUAUGCUGGUGCGCGCAUCCAAACUGAAAAUCACCUGUGAUGAGUUCUGCUACCGCAUCAUGAUGCAAUUGUGCGGCAUACACAAUUUGCCCGUCUUAGCAGUGCGCCUGCACUAUUUAAUGAAGCGCUCGGGCGUGCAACCGAACGCGCUCACCUAUGGCUUCUACAAUCGCUGCGUGCUCGAGUCGGAUUGGCCCAGCGACAGCACGACGCUCAGCCAGUUGCGUUGGAAUCGCAUUAAGAACGUGGUGCUUGGCGCCGCACAUUUUCGACGCGCUGGCAAACGUCAUGCCGCCAAGAAACCACUCUCAGCUUCGUGUGAGAACAAUCUAAGCACGCUGGAAACGGUGGAUGGCACUUCGCGCACCAGCUUAGAUUCCUCGACGUCGUCGCAUAUGGAGCGCGGCGCUGGCGACGCGCACGCAUACAGCGCGACACUGCUGGACUUCUCGGCAUUCGACAAGCUGCGCGGCAAACUCGGCAGUAUUGUGCGCCAAUCGGCUAUGGCAAUGGGCGCGCAGGAUCCAGCAGGCGAUGUGAUCAGUUCAACUGCCGGUCUGCUGAUAUCGGGUGAGAGUAAGGUGAGUGGUGAAAAGUCGGUCGGCGAUAAGAGCGCGGCGCCGACGAGCACAUCCGCGCCACACACACCAAGCAGUCCACACAGCCCGGGCUGUGAUUUGGGCGUGGUAGGCGCCGGCGGCAAGCUGCAAUUGACUAAAACCGAGAGCUUUGGCGGCGACGCGCAGCUGCUGGAUAAAUUGCAGCGCAAACAAUCGCUGCCGAGCGAGCCGAGUGGGCCGCGCUAUAAGAUAAUGAAUAUUGGUGAUGGCGAAGAGUACAUAGCGGACGAUGUAACGGCGCUGAAAGAACACGAACUGGAGCAUGAAAUCGCGAGCUCGCAAGAGGAGCUGGACUUUGUGGCGCGCAGCGCAGAUAUGAGUGCGGAGCACGAAGAAAUCAACAAUUUGCAGAGUCCAACGAAAAUAUCGCCGCGUACGCCGGUCACGCAAAACGAUCCGCUCGGCGCCUUGAAUGAAGAGCUGCAAGAUCAGACUACGCCCACAAACACCAAAGAGCCAGCAGGCGAACAACCGAAUGCUGGCGCAAAUAACAGCACUAUGUAUACCGACAAGCCGAUAUUAUUCAAGGGUCAGCGUAGCGCGACCUUCGACGAAUCGACGCAUUUGAACAAGAGCAUGCAGCGCUCGGAGACAAUGCCAGGCUCAAGCGUCGCCUCGAGCUUAGCCAAUUUCGGCUCAUCCAUUAAAUUUAAUAUCGGACGUUAUUCACCUGCACGAUUCUCAUUUAAGAAAGACAGUUUCAAGCCCAACAUUAUUAUAGAAAAUAUUUCGAAUAUAAGUCCAAGUUUAACCAGUAAAAAAUCGAAUGAGAUCAUUCAAGGUAGUCUGAGUAGCAUAAAGUACGCAGCCAAUUCGUUAACACGGAAAUUCGAUGAGAUUAAAGGGGCCUUCUCGACCCAAACGACGCCGGUGAAGACGCCCGGUAGCGUUGGACACGCCGAGGGUGCGACUGAUGAGGACAUGAUCGCACACGAGGAUGGCACAUUGAAGAUGCGACGUGUCUCCAGCGACUUGGACCCCUGGGGCAGGCUGAGCGAGUCACGCAAGUCGAGCUAUAACAACUUAGUGCCGUUGGGUGAAAAUUCGUCGGCGUUGAACUUGAGCGCAUUUCCAGUGCUGCCAGAAAAUUUAUAUACACCUUUGGCGGAUGUCGUGGAGCGUCCCGAGUGUGAUGUACUCAUUCAAAUCACUUCGUGUUCGCAAUGCCACAACUGUUCGGUAUUACUCUAUGACGAGGAGAUUAUGUCCGGCUGGUCGGCCGAGGAUUCCAACUUGAAUACAACCUGCCAUGCAUGUAAUAAAUUAACCGUGCCAUUCCUGAGCGUGCAAAUUGUGGUGGACGACUCGUUGAAGGCGCUCAAGCAAUCAGACAGCUUGACAAUUCCAUAUCUAAAUCCGCUGGUUUUGCGUAAAGAGCUCGAAAAUAUACUGACACAGGAGGGUGAUGUUGCGCUGGUGAAGCCAAGCUUCGUGGAAGAGCAUCCAAUCAUUUAUUGGAAUCUAUUGUGGAUCAUGGAACGUAUUGAGAGUAAAACGCAUUUGCCGGAGCUGUGUCUGCCCGUGGCGUCUGAUGAGGAGUGCGAUCCGCUAAGCAAAGUGAAGACUGUCAGCAUUCAAUGCCUUUGGGACAAUUUAAGACUACACAGCGAAGCCGGUCCGCCCAUGUAUAUACUGCAUAAACAAAAUCAGCCAGCCAGUCCGCUGCUGAAAGCGCUACUCACCGAUCAGGCGCAUUUGAAUAAGAAUGUCAUUCAGCAAAUCAUUUCAGCCAUACGCUGUAAUGAUCUGCUAACGCCCGUCAAGCGCUUGGCGAAUGAGCGCCACAAGUUGCAGAAUAACGGCGUCAAUCGCACACACUCUAUCUAUCGUGAUAUACUCUUUUUGGCGCUCACCGCCAUCGGGCGUUCCAACGUCGACUUGGCCACAUUCCAUCGCGAAUACGCUUCGAUCUUCGACAAGUUGACCGAAAAGGAAUGUAAAAUGUUCUAUCGCAAUCAAGAUCUGCCACCAUCGGCGGCUACCAUCUUCUGUCGCGCCUACUUCAAACCGUUAUUGCUUCCUUGACGUGAAAUCAAUUAUAUGCAGCACGAUUUCCACAACAACAACAACAAUGCGAAGACGGCAAAUACCAAUGCGCGUGAAGGGGGCGUGGCAGCAGCGUUAAGCGAUGCUGCAGUUGACAAAUAAAACGGUAAACUUUACAACUUGUAUACCGAGCGGAAGCGUGCGCAGGUGCUGUUGUGUAAUAUGAAAAUGUAAAUUGAAUUAUGAUAUGAUAAUAACGUGAAAAACAAGUAAGAUAUACGAUGAUGCUGUGGUUUCGAACGGAAAUGGCAAUCUUAAGACGGUACAUAAUAACAUUACAGGCUUAUGUUUGAUAAAUUUGUAUGCAUGUGUGUGUGUAUGAAUGCCCGGAAUACACUUUGAAAGUUUAAAAUAUAGUUUAGCGAAUGAAAUUAUGCCACUUACAUAAUUAAUUAUAACGGAACUCAUCUGUCAACUUUAUGGUCUUGAAAUUAGUUUGACAUUUUUUUCUUAUCGUUAUCGUUUUAUUUUAUGCAGCGCUGUGUUUCUUUUUAUGUUAAACAUAAAACAGGGUGUUAGAAAAGGCUAUAUUAAUAUAGAAACUGUAUAAAUCAGCUAAGAAAAGCUAUUUUUUUCGCUAAAAUACAAAACAAUACAAAAUACUUUAUUAUUUUUUUAUUAACAAAUUUAUUAUUAUUACAAAUUUAAAAUUUUUUUUACAACUGCUUUUUAAGUUAUAAUAAUUUUUCAAUUACAGAUUUAUAUAUUAAUUUUUUUAUUAUUAUUUAUUUCUUUAUUAACUUUUUUGUUUUUGUUUUUAAUUUUUUUUUUGUUAUUUUUUUUAUUGUUUUUUUUUUUUCUUUUAUUAAUGCUUUAUUAAUUUUUUAUUAGAAUUUUUUUCUUUUUAUUGACACAAUUUUGUUUUUUUAUUAACAAACCGUUUUAUUAAAAAUAUAAUGCAGCAAUAUUUAGUUUGCAGUCUCGAAAGCUCUAAAAUAGAAUAUUACAAAUUUUUUUCCAGCAACUUUCUUUGCGGGCAGUAGCAUAUAGUUAACUUUCGUGUUUUUUCGUCAUCGCCUUUAACUCUUUAAUUUGUUCGAAACAUUUUAAAAGUUGAAAAACAGAAUUUGUUUUCUAAAUGGGUACUUAGUUUGUUAAUUCAAUUUUACUACUAAAAAAUUUAAAUUGUCAACUUAAAAAAAUUAAUUUUUCAACUUAAAAAAGUUAAGUUUACAACUUAAAAAAUUAAUUUUUUCAACUUAAAAAAUAUACACUGUUGUUCUUGGUAUAUAUUUUAAUAAGAAUUUCAAAUUUCUUCAGUUCCUUUUUUAUUAUUUUUACAACAAAAAAUUGUUGAUGAUUUUGUUAAAAUUUUUUAUAUUGCUCAAUGCUCGAAAUGUUAAUAUUUUCCCACGUUCUUUUCUACUAAAUUUAAUUUAACAUGAUUACACCAUAGUUUACACAUUUUUUUAUUGAUAAUAAUAAAAAAAAAGAAUAAUGAAAAUAUGUAAGCGAACGAGUUUCGUUUUCGUGAGGUGAAGUGUAUGCAAACGUGCUUGAAUGUAUGUUAAUAUUAGUAAACGAAUAAAAACAUUACGAAGUAAUAAAUAAACUAAAAAUAAAAGCUGGUUUUGGUACGAUUUCCGGUAAUGGUACUUAAAAAGCAUGAAAAAACUAAAAAAAAAAACAGAAAUUCCUUCACGUAACUUAGCUUUAAAGCGCACUCUGUACUUCGUCAUUUCCUAUACAACUAGCGUUAAUACUGCAGAUUGACUGCCCUAAUCAGCACUUACCACUGAUGGCAAUGUUAAGUCGGCGUCAGCAGCAUCCACGCAACCACGCAUCAUUUUAGGUUAGUUUUAGAGACAAUACACUUUCGUGCUCAUUUUGGUAUUUUGUACUUUUUCGUAAACCUACUCGUAUGUAGCAUGUAUGUAUGUAUAAUUAUGUAAACUAAGUGUAUUUUUUUUUGUGUUUUUGAAAUGCACUGAUAUCACUCUCAGCCACUCGCUAAAUACCCGUAAUCCGUUCAUUCGUAAUUUGCCUUAUUAUGGGACGCACCACGCACUACUUAGCUAGCAGCCGAAACGAACGCACUCACACAGAAUUUACUACUUAAAUUAGCAAAUCGAACUUGUGUGCGCUGAGUAUCCUAAAAUCAAAUAAUACAUAAAUAAAUGAAUAAUAUCAAUCAACCAAAUGAACAAUAUUAAUAAUAACAAACUAAAACUUCAGUUAUUGUUACUUAUUGUAAGCAUAAUUAUGUAUUUUAAUAUCUUAUACAGACAAAGAGAACUGCGAACUUACAUACAUAUAUAAUAUUAUCUACUACGUUUGUUCGUACAUCAUUUCGUUUUAAAAUAUUGUAUACUAUACAAAAUAAAUUAAAUUAUGACCAACGUAUGUAUGUAUGUAUCUCCAAGUUAGCGUUUAUGAGCAAAACACAAAAAAGAAAUCAAGAAGUUCAUACUUAUAUUACAACAUUAACAGAAAGAAUAUCCUUUAGAAAUGUUUUACAACUAAAUAUGUUUACAUAAAAUAAAUAAAAAUUAUCACUAUACAAGAAUUUAAAA